CUGCUGUUCCUGGGUUGUCAUGACAACCACCUAACGACACUGUCCAGGGAAGUCGUUUUGAAAUGCUCCCGAAAAGAAAGAAUACAGCGGAAAUGUUAGGAGCUGGCAAAGAGGACCCCAAACCAGAGCCUCCUGUUCGGGCGCCUUUUCUGGAGCUGACCGGUGUGGCGCAGCUUCCAGAGAACACCAACUGUCUGACAUGCGCAGCAGACGGCAGAUUUCUAGGCCUGGCUCACACCCAGGGCCUCUCUGUGUGGGGCGCUUCCUCUUUCACCCCGGUUGCAGAAUGGCUUGAACCACAGCUGGAACUGAUCUUCAUCCAGAUGACCAGAAUGGCUGAGAUGACCUAUCUGCUUGGGACUGUGGAUGACAUGGGUGUUGCCAGAGUGUUUGGAUUUCACUCAGACGUCAUUCAUCUUCUCAAUAUUAUCAACAUAAUGGAAGAUGUCACUGUAAGAAGCAUUUUUCUGACAUUUGACCUACAUGAAGGUGGGCAUUAUGGAGCGGCGUCAGUAAGCUGCAAUGGUGUAGUGUGGCUAGAGGUCUAUCAGUUUCCUGUAGAGCAAUGGCUGAAAGAGCUGGAGAUGGUAUCAUCACAAAAAACGGAUGAAAAUGGAACCGAAGGAUCGGACAUGAAAUGGUCUCCGUUUACACUGAUGAUGAAAAUCUCUCCACCUACACUUCCAGCAGGAAAGCCAUCGGACUUUGUGACACACUGUUUGACUGUCGAUAUUAUCAGAAGCAGCGGUCUUCACAAGGAACAAUCCUCCUUCGGUUCAGAUGCUGCCAUAACAAAGCAGACACACGAAAGCCCGAGUUGCACUCAGCACUUUCUCCUGCCUUGCGAUGGGUCAACAGGUGACAGCAAAGCAAACCCAGCAGGACACCCUGUGGCUGUCGCUGUGUGGUGGAGCGGAUCCACUAGUCUUCUUAAGUACUUGUUGCAAAAACCCCUAAAGAACAAAUCAGAUGUGACACCCAUGCCAGAAAUGCUGUGGCCAAAUGCGAAGGAAAUCCUCUGCUCGGCUGUCAGCAGAUGUACUUACUUAAUCGCUCUCGGGCUUGAGGAUGGAAUGGUGUCCAUCUGGAACAGACAAUCUGGAGCCCCGGUCUCAAUUGUCCUGGUUCCAGGAGAAACCGUCGCCUUCUCCAGUAUAAAGUUUGUUGAUAACUGGUCUGUUCCUGCCCAGGACUGGGACAUUGUGGGUACAGAACCGGUCGGAAUGCUGGUGUCGCGUAAAAACGGAGAAAUUUACAUGGUGACUGCAGGAUUAGGCCUGCAGUCCAGCACCAUCCAGCUCUUCCAAAGACCAGAAGAUAGCAGGGAUCUCCCGACUGUUGCUAUACCUGUGCCUUUCCUGCAGGCUGUGUCACUUAUCAUGCAAAGAAGUGGGAAAAUGUUCCUGACAGAAGCCAUCAACAGAGAAACCGUGUGCUACCUGACUCUUCCGACAUCCCACCAAACCGCUUCAGUCUACAACCCCAUUUACACGCUAAGUGCCGAACUGCAAGCGUUGUUCAUACGAGGUGACCAGGAAUCCAGUGGUUUGUUGGAGAGCCAAAACCAGAGUCAGCUCUUUGUCUUCUAUUUCAGUCAGUCUGACAUCAUUAAGCCUCACAUUGAUUGUCCCAGACAGCCAACAGCUCUUCACCAUGGUACCCUGGAGGAAAUCUGCAAUGUCUAUCUUGAGCAAAGAGCGCAAUCUGUGGAUGAAAGGAACAAAGCUCUUGAACAAACAUGGCGAAAGAUGCAGAAAACAGCGUCAGCGUUGCAGCGCACACUUCGGAGCCGCAAACAUCAGAAGGACGCCAAUCAAUGAGUUGCCGAUAGGCUAUGAAAUAUAUUUUUGUUUCUUCAAAGCCACCUACUUUUGUUUCUGUUCUCAGCACUUGUUUCAACUCAGUAGCAGUCCAGGAGCCAGCAGCUAGUCGGAAUCAGACACAAUAGAUGCAUUUCGUUUGUAGCUGCUGACAGAUUAGAAUUUACAAAACGCUGCUCACUUUUAUAAAACGUCUCUUUUAAGAAUAAAACGGCUGAAGAAAAAAAAAAUUGCGUCCUGAAACUUUGCUUCAUGUUUGUUGAAUGACGGAGCGCUAGGGCCAGGCUACGAGAUUCCUUCUCUAAUUAAGAGAAGUUAGCAGAAUAAUAAAGAUGCAUUCUUACCAGAAAAACAUUACGAGAAAAAAAGUCACUUAGUAAAAAAUAGCCUUGAUACAUAUUUUGUUGAUUUUUGUGGAGUACUCGUAAAAUGACGCCAUUGUUAUCCUAAUAUUGCAACUUCAUUCUGAUAAUAUUAAGACUUUAUUCUUGUAUGAUUUCAACUUUAUUGUACAACUUUAUUUUCUUAUUACUGCGGCUGUAUUCCUGUAAAUGUAACACUUUAUUCUUGUUGAAAAAUGCAUCUUAGCUUUUGUCGUAGAGUUGAUCUCAAUUCAAAGUCCAAAUAAAUAGAAGCUGGUAAUACAAGAUGGCGCCGAUAUCACUUUGAACUAUAGAAACCUAACGAGUGCAUUAGUGGGGAAAAAAUAAAUAAAAAUCCAGUCUUCAAAAAGUAAAAAUUUGACGAAUUGAUAAAAUUGAUUUAUCGCCCAGCUUUUCAUCAUGUUUCUC